UGGCAGGUGGUGCAUGUUCGGAAACAGCCUACAAUGUUUAGGAAGAUAGCUAGGUAGUCAUAGGUUAUCAACGUAAUUUGUUUCCCGUUUUCCUUUACUUUUUUAUACGAAUUUCACAGUAUGUGCCAAUACAUGUUCUGCACUAGUGCCGAGCGUGGUUUGGUUUCUUCAAGUCACUUUCUGUUGUAUAUUCUGUGCACUGAGUGAUCCCGAUGCGGAGUGGAUUACGGGUGCUAUGCCUGCGUUGAGAAAAAAGGACUGAAUAAAGGCUGAUAGUUUCUCUGCAAGCACCACAGACCUUGAAUGAAAACCGUCGAACCUCUGUGAAGGCAAGUUCCUGCACAUUUAACCGCAGGGUUUUUCCACUUUUGCCAUUUUUCCCGAGCAUCGAUAUCGUUUCUGAGUGUUCUUGCCUUUUGUUUUGAUUUAGAGGCAUACUGCGGAGCCAUUUCACGAUGAAGCACGACUGAACGGAGUUUAAAAAAUGAGGAAGCAUUUUUUAAAAGAUUCUUUAAAGAUAGAGGCCUCAUCAUCUACAGGCCCAGAUCUUGGCGAAAAGGGGGAAAGGGGUCCAUGGAGCCAGAUGAAUAAAAUCGAGUGAAAUGGAACACGAGACACGCGGACGCAGAGACAUAGACAAUGUAUUAAAGACGGCGAUUCGUGCAAGUUUGAAGUCUAUCCGAAGAAAAUGAAGUACUCCGUAUGCUAAACGUGAAAUUGAGCAUUAUUGUACUCUAUUUUUCUAUGUAUUUCAUAAGGAAGGUUUCUGUUGGAGAGGCUCUGCUAACAACGCUACCUAAUCCAUGAAAUUCCUUCUCCAGGAUUUGGAAUAGUUAUCAUUUUUUAUAUUUUUUAUUUGAAUUUUUGAUCUGGAUCCAGCGUUGAUAUUAUUCAAUGGAAGUAUGUUAUCAGUUGCCGGUUUUGCCUCUAGACAGGCCGGUUCCCAAGCAUGUACUCAGCCGGAGGGGAGCCAUCAGUUUCAGCUCCAGCUCCUCUCUGUUCGGGGCCCCCGAUCCACGACAGCUGUCACAGAGACGUGGAGCGAUCUCCUAUGACAGCUCUGAUCAGACUGCGCUGUACAUUCGUAUGCUAGGGGCUUGUGUAAUAUUCAAACAGCUGUUUUCAAGAGACGUGAGAGUGAGAAGCCAGGUAGGAUUCGAACCGGAGCGACGAGGCUCGCACCCCUACCUGUGUGUGGAUUUCCGAACCUUGCACUCCCGGGGCGAGACUGUGGGGCCAGUGUCCGGCCGGCGGGUCCACAGGCUCUUCAGCUUCCAGCGUCACCUUCACACCUCACGCCUGGUCCACAGCGCCACCACCUGUUCACACAACCCUCUGCACAUCCUGGACGAAGAUUACCUGGGCCAGGCCAAGUGUAUGCUGGAAAAGGUUGGGAGCUGGAAUUUUGACAUUUUCCUCUUCGACAGAUUAACAAAUGGAAACAGCCUUGUCACCCUGACGUUCCACCUGUUAAAUCAGUAUGGAUUAAUUGAGCUCUUCCAGUUAGAUAUGGUGAAACUUCGUCGAUUUUUAGUCAUGGUCCAAGAAGACUACCACAGCCAGAAUCCUUAUCACAACGCAGUUCAUGCUGCGGAUGUGACCCAGGCCAUGUACUGUUACCUGCGAGAGCCCAAGCUCUCCAAGUCGCUGACAUCCUGCGACAUCCUCCUGGGCUUGCUGGCUGCUGCCUCGCAUGACCUUGACCACCCCGGGGUCAACCAGCCCUUCCUCAUCAAAACCAACCAUUACCUAGCAGCUUUGUACAGGAAUACCUCAGUUCUGGAGAAUCAUCACUGGAGAUCAGUUGUGGGACUCCUGCGAGAGACAGGACUUUUCUCCCACUUACCUGCAGAGGAUGGGUUAAACAUGGAAAGACAGUUGGGCUCCUUGAUCCUGGCCACAGACAUCAGCAGACAGAACGAGUACCUGUCCAAGUUCAGGCUGCACCUGGACCAGGAUGACCUGUGCUUGGGCAACGCCUCCCAUCGUCACUUCAUCCUCCAGAUGGCCCUGAAAUGUGCUGAUAUCUGUAACCCCUGUCGGCCCUGGGAGUUGAGCAAACAGUGGAGUGAGAAAGUGACCUCAGAGUUCUUUCAGCAAGGUGACAUUGAGAAGAAGCACAAGCUUGAAGUCAGCCAACUGUGUGACAGCCAGACCAACACAGUAGGGGACAUUCAGAUUGGCUUCAUGACAUAUGUAGUGGAGCCUCUGUUUUCCGAGUGGGCCCGGUUCUCAGACACACGCCUGUCCCAGACCAUGCUGGGUCACUUAGGUCUGAACAAGGCUAGCUGGAGUGGGCUGAGGGCUGAGGGGAGCCUAGACGAAUCAGAACCGGACCCAGACCCACCACCAGAGCCAGUGUCAGGUCAAGGCCCAGGCCCGUGUUUAGGAUCGGGCCCGGCCACAGCUACCGCCGCAGAAGAACCCACCACCAAAACCUUAGCUCAGGGAAGCCAGGAGUUUUGACCACCCAACCCCCAAACCCUCAACCAGUCCCUGGGGAAAGGCUGCACAGUGUGUGCUGUGGUGUGUAUGUGUGUGUGCAUGUGUGGAAUUGAAUGGAGAAAGAGUGAGUUCUGGUGUGUUACGUGCAUGCUGUGGUGAUGCUGAAAGUGUGUGUGUGUGUGUGCGUGUGUGUAUGUUUGCAUGCAUGAGUAUGUUUGGGUGUGUGUGUGUGAAAGAGAAAAGCCCACUAUGUACACUCACACCCCAGUCAAACACCUUGAAGUCACAUUUUUAGUUGCUUGCCUCCCAUCAACCACUGAUUAAUCAUUUUAUUAAUUUAAUUUAUUUAAUUUUAAAUUUCUAUUUUAUUUGUCUAGACAUAGAGCAAUACAUAGAUACCUCAUCUGGCAACUGCUGUAAGUUUUGUUUAUCUUUUUUUCUUUAAGAAAAGAAAGAAGAAUUUGCUCCUUUUAUUUAUUUAUCCUGUUUGCUCUGUUGCUGGGGUGUAAUGAAUUGAACCCUUGGCGUUUUUGAUGAGACACUUCAAGAGAGUACAGUAUAGGAAGGAUUCCCCUUUGCUGGGUUUCAAAGUGCCAUUUGAGUUGCUCUGACAAGUGAUUUGAAACACCUGGAGUAUUUGUAAGAGGUUUUCUGAAACUGCACAGAGAGACUGUGUUUGUAUGCACAAGCGUGUGUGUGUAUCAAUGCAUUUGCAAUGAAAUCUUCCUCCUUAUGUAAAAAAACAAAAACAAAAACAAAACAACAAAAUGUGAAAAGCCCAGUCGUUUUGCUGCCUCUAUGAAGACUGUUUACAAAAUGUCUUGUCUUGAUAUGAAAUGACUUCUGUCAGUUUUCUGUGAUUGUUAUUAUUGUUUUUUUUGUGUGUUUUGUAUUUUUUUAUUUUUAUGCACAGAUGUGAAGAACCACUCAAAUUUACAUUUGAACCAUUGUCCUACUGCUGAACAAAAACAAACAGGAAAAGACAGAAAAAAAAAACCUCCACUGGAUUGCCACUCAGGCAGUCAGAUGCACCAGAUGCCAUAGCCAAGCCAUCUGUGCUCCAUUGGAUUUUGUUUUUCUUUCCUUCUUUCUUUCUUUCUUUCUUUCUUUCUUUCUAUCUCUUUCUCACUCUCACUCCUCUUGCACUCCAACAUGGUGUGAUUUUUUUUGUUUCUUUAGGACUUUAGCAGCUUCUGCUCUGUAAAGGGUAAAAAGGAGACGGACACUCGUUCCUCCUCACCUCACCUCCUCUCCUGCUCCCCUCUCCCCAAGUCCCCACCAUCCUAUUGCUUUAUGGGACAACGUUCUGAUCGGAAGAGAAGUCGCUGCCUUAAGUGGCGCUGGCAGAGUGGCCGACAGACAGCCAACCAACCCGCCACCCCCCACCCGAUCACCGCCGCCUUCUCAGACCCUGAUCUGCGCAGCCCGGCCCGUUUGCAUGGGACGCCUAGCUGACUUGGAUCCUAUGACGGAUCUCUCUCAGGGUUUCGCCAAGUUGUCGGUGUUUGUAGAGAGCGGGGGUGGCCUCAUGGUGCCUUUCGUAGGUAGCUCUUCAUGUGCCCCAACCCACCACCCCCUACGACCCCCAUCCCUUCUAGCCAGCUCCUUACCUACCAACCUAACCCCCCUCACUGUUCCACCCGCCCGACUCACUGAGCCCAACCUAGAGUUGUUUUUUAUACGCAAGGAGAACCACACCGUGGAUAAGGGAAGGAGCAGUCGUCCCUUUCAGAAUGUCUCGACACAAUACCACAC